CGUGAUUCAGCUCCAACAAUUACCAUUAUCUGUUUCUCCGUUGGACGAUACGGGACGAAUCUGUAAUGAUGACGAGUGUUUCCUUGGCCCUUUGUUAAGUUUUUCUUUUCUCCCUCUCCCUCUUUUUUUUUUUUUUUUCAAAGUACACACCCAGCCGUCAUUGGUGACAGCACUCCAGCCAUUCAGGUACCGAGCGGAGGAGGAGGCUUUAUAAGCGAGCAGCGCAUGGAGAGGGCUGUUUAUGUAAACACUGCGCUCGACGCACGGAUCGCUGUUUGGACGCCGCCGCAAAGUGGCACAGAUUUACUUUGAGGGCUCGGUUCUUUUUAAUCCAGAAAACAAACACCGGAAUCUUGGCCGAGUUCGCGCGAUGAGUGCGUCGAGCAGGUUCAGUUUUUCCGUCAGGAGCAUCCUGGACUUGCCCGAGCGGGAUGCGGAGGCUGCGCCGCGGUCCUCCUCGGUUUACUCCUCCUGCUCCUCCAGCUCGCCGUACACCUCCUGGAUCGAGUGCGACCAGAGCCCCAGCAUCUCUUCUGAUGAGGGCGGAUUCGAGCCGUCCCCGGACUCAACCAAGCCGGAUGACCCGACCCAAGAUCUGGAGCCGGAGAGGAUCAAGAAGAGCAAGAAGCGCCGCGUCCUGUUCUCCAAGGCGCAGACCCUGGAGCUGGAGAGACGCUUUCGCCAGCAGCGCUACCUGUCCGGACCGGAGAGGGAGCAGCUGGCCCGUCUCCUCAGCCUCACUCCGACCCAGGUGAAGAUCUGGUUCCAGAACCACCGCUACAAAAUGAAGAGAGGCCGGGCCGAAGGCGCGCUGCCGCCGGACGCGGACAUACCGCAGCCUCCGCUGCUGCGCAGGGUGGUUGUUCCGAUUCUGGUCCGGGACGGGAAGCCCUUCCACACCUGUUUCAUCGAGACGGAGAAAGUCGGUUGCUCUGCUCCUCCUCAUCAUCCUCAAGCGAUGCCCUUCCCCUUGGCCUUCCCUCCUCUCCAGCACCCAUCCGCCGGAUCUCUUCCUUCCCGGUACCAGCAGCACUUUCCAGCCGCGGCGGCCUCCAGAUUCGCCUGGAGGGACUUUUGGAGCGACUCGGUCCCCUUUAAUCCUCUGAAAUGAGGUUCCUCAUGUGAAUGCACAAACUCAUUUAGAAUGACAUCAAAUGUUUUCUAAAUGCUUGACACGUUUCUGAGCUACUUAAACAUUUAGAUUUCUACAUUAGAACGAAGACUAUUUUGCACAUUUUAUUUGGAUAUGUUCGGUGUUAAUUUUAUACAGCUUGAUGAAGGCUCUGUGUGGUAAUGCUUGUGUGUUUUUUUCCUCCUCCCCCCUUUUUUAAGUAAAAAUAAAAAUCUUUUUAAUUAUUUGUAUAAAUAACUUUACGUAUUUAGACAAGGGGAGGUGUGUUAGAAGAAAUCAGCCAGUAGCCUCAACCUGUAAAAGAAAAUGUAUUAUUUAGUUAUUUCUUGUCUUCCAGGAGACUCUUUUUUUAAUAGCUUAAACUGUUUCAUUAUGUGGAAAGAAUUAUGAAUAAAAUCUCUUAUUUUGGAUAAAUAAUUUUUUAGAGUAAUGUCUUUCUUUUACGUGUGACCCACUGCUGUUAGAUGAUGUAAUUUGAUCUCACUGACUGAGUACAUUUAGCUUAUUUUGUCAAUUUAUUCUUUUG